AUGUCGCAUCUGGACCUAAUUGGUAGCAAGAAAAGAAAGAGGGGAGAGAGGGUUUUCAGAUUCAAGAGCUUUGGUGAGCCUGGUUACCCUGUUGAGUUUGUAGGGCCAUUCCGAGAAAAUGUGAAAGCCCUCCUCGAAUUUGGGCAUUUCGAGAGUAGCUCAUGCAGGCAAAUGCCAAGCUGGUCUUUUCUGCUCGAACUCCAUCGCCACCCUCCCGUCCAAAUCCUUCUGUUUGUUGUUGAAGAACAUGUUGAAGCAUCCCUCAAUCCUCACUGCAAGCACUGCCAAUACGUAGGCUGGGGCCAGCAUAUGAUUUGCAAUAAGAAGUAUCACUUUUUACUGCCUUCCAAGGAAACGGGGGCUACAUAUUUGAACUGCGAAGCCAAUGGGGCAGGUCCACCGAAUGAUAAGGACUCAAAUUUAGUGGAAUCACAGGGCCAUCUCAUGCAUGGUGUGUUUCAUUCUAACGGCUUCGGCCAUUUGCUGCGUGUUAAUGGGGUUGAAAUGGGUUCGGACUUGGCCGGACACCAUAUUUUGGAUUUCUGGGAUCGUUUAUGCAUCGGAUUGCGAGCAAGGAAAGUGAGCUUGAAUGACAUUUCUGAGAAGAGAGGUAUGGAAUUAAGGCUACUACAUGGAGUAGCAUACGGGGAGGCAUGGUUCAGCCGCUGGGGUUACAGAUUCGGGCGUGGAAGCUAUUGCGUUACUCAACCAAUGUACCAAAAGGCAAUAGAAGCAGUACAAGGCAUGCCCUUGUGCUUAUUAAUCCCCCACCUCGGCACUUCCAACCAUGAAAUACCCAUCAUCUUCUCCAGAUAUCAAGCACUUUCAGACCAUUCCUUGAUCAACCUCGGUGACCUUUUCAACUUCAUGUUAGAGCUCAAGGCCCGUCUUCCAAAGGAAAACUGCAGCUUGGAUACGUACAACCCGGGAAUCCUGGUGGAAACAACCUGCAGAUGGUCGCCUAAGAGGGUUGAAAUGGCCACUCGUGUCAUAAUUGAAGCUCUGAAGAGGGCCGAAUUCAGGUGGGUUUCAAGGCAAGAAGUAAGGGAUGCUGCCCGUGCCUACAUUGGCGACACAGGUUUACUAGACUUUGUGCUCAAAUCACUGGGAAAUCACAUUGUGGGAAAUUACUUGGUUCGUCGCAGCUUAAAUCCUGUCACAAAAGUUCUCGAGUAUUGUCUAGAAGACGUGUCCAAUGUAUUCCCCAGUACUCAAGAAGGUUUUGUCGUGACCAAUCCCAAAGUUAAGGCACGGUACAAGAUCAACAGGGUACAAUUAAUGAAGGACAUGUCGUCUUUGUACAAGUGCAUUCUCAAAGCCCAGAAGCCCGCGGGGAUUUUAUCAUCUAUACCCGUGGCUGCCAGGAUAAUUCUCGACUCCAAGUACCUCAUCAAAGAAUAUUGUGGAGAGCUGCCUUUGAAAGUUGAGUUGGGGUUCCAAGGAAAGCUAAAUCUCUACUCUACUGUUCUUCUAAGAAGCAAUAUUGAAGGUGGUACAGACGAAGCAUUGAUGCCGCCAUACGAGUGCGUCACGUUGAAGAACAGUGCUACCGUCGAUGAACUGAAGAGACAAGUCCAAGAGAACUUCCGGGAAAUGUAUUGGGGAUUGAGAAGCUUUGUGGUGGAAUCAGUGUUGAAUUUGAAUGCGAGGGGAACGGAUUUGGUUUUUGGGCUGGUUGAAGUGGGUCGUAAGCUUGUGUUUGAGGGGAGAACAAACGAGGAUGGAAUAAUUAUGAAUAAUAUUAGGCAAAUCUACGAAUGUGGUCCAAAUAGCCAUGCUGUGGAUUGUGCAUGUGGAGCCAAAGACGAUGAUGGCGAACGAAUGGUUUCAUGCGAUAUUUGCGAGGUUUGGCAGCAUACCCGGUGUGUUGGGAUUCCAGAUAACGAAGAAAUUCCACAUAUAUUUUUAUGCAACCGAUGCGAGCAAGAAAUUCUCUACCAUAGUAAUUGCCAAUUCCUUCCAUGA